ACGUUUCUCUGACCAGCACGUUACAUUGUGCGUUUCGCUUGCCUAUAGUAUUAUUUCAUUAGACGAAUGCUUAAAAGUAGUUAAAGUUUAUAUGUAUUUUACCCGAACGACGUUGGCCACGCCCAUUUCUUGAUCCACCAAUGAGAGGAUUUCAUUGUGUUGUGGUUACAAAGAAGAUCCGAGCAACUUUACAAAUGGAUAAAGAGUUAUUUCGUAAGCUUGCUUCGAAGAUUGGGAUAACGGCUGUUAAAGUAUUGAGUCAAGCCGAGGAAUACAUGCGAUUAUCCCAAGUGAAAUGUGUUGGACUGGGUUCUGUUACAGCCACCAGCAAGGCCAUUAUUUGCCUUGAGUUGGCAGCGACUUCCAUGAAAUGUCCUCUAGACAAGGAGUAUGCCAUCAAACUGUCUGGACUGAGUCCUAAAGUUUACUCCAGCAAUCUGAAGGCUAUGGAGUGCAUGCUGGGCCUGCAGUCAAACCUGGGUCUCAGAGAUCUUGCAGUGCAGUAUGGGUGUUUGGAAGCGGUUAAAUUGGCCUCUCAGAUCCUUCAGAGGUAUGUGACCAGUUUGCCCGCUGCUCAGCAACAAGACCUUGACCUGUCAAAGCCUCUCUUUACCACAGCAGCUCUAUAUGCAACAUGCAAGUGCAUGAAAAUCAGAACUGACAGGAAAUUAGCCUCUUCAUCUGGAGCAAAGAAGGGCAUCUUUGACCGGCUGUGCACGCAGUUUCAGAAAUUCGGACAGGAGAUCUGCAAUGAGGCUUCAUCUAUGGAGAAACCAGUUAAAACGGUUCAAAAGAGGCAGAAGACAAUCGCCGAAAUGUUAGAAACAGGAGAAGAUGAUGAAAAGCUUUCAACAUCCCCCAAGCGAGAGCGGGUUGAGAAGACUGAGGAAGAAGAGACACAAAAUUAUGAAGAGUGGAAAAGAAAAAUCCUUGAAAAUGCAUUAAAAGCAAAGGCAGUAGAUUCUUGAACUCUUAGG